AUCAUGGGUGGCUUUUUCUCAAGUAUUUUUUCUAGUUUGUUUGGAACCCGGGAAAUGAGAAUUUUAAUUUUGGGAUUAGACGGAGCAGGAAAAACUACAAUUUUAUACAGAUUGCAGGUUGGGGAAGUUGUAACUACAAUUCCAACCAUUGGAUUUAAUGUUGAGACAGUAACUUACAAGAACCUUAAAUUCCAAGUCUGGGAUUUAGGAGGGCAGACGAGUAUCAGGCCAUACUGGAGAUGUUAUUAUUCUAACACAGAUGCUGUUAUUUAUGUAGUAGACAGUUGUGACCGAGACCGAAUUGGCAUUUCUAAAUCAGAGUUGGUAGCCAUGUUGGAGGAGGAAGAGCUAAGAAAAGCAAUUUUAGUGGUGUUUGCAAAUAAGCAGGACAUGGAACAGGCCAUGACUCCCUCAGAGAUGGCAAAUUCUCUUGGGUUACCUGCUUUGAAGGACCGAAAAUGGCAGAUAUUCAAAACUUCUGCUACCAAAGGCACUGGUCUUGAUGAGGCCAUGGAAUGGUUAGUUGAAACAUUAAAGAGUAGACAAUAAGUUCAGUCACUUCUCUGAAAUGAAGAAUACACAUCAACAUGAUCCCUUCGGCUGCAGUCACAUGUGCUUCUCACUACUAAACAUUAAAACUGUAUGAUUGUUGGCCUAUAUUGAACUGAAUGCCAUGUUUGUAAUAAAUAUGAAAAGUAAGUAGUGGAGAGGCAGCUUACCUUGAUUGAACAGACUCUGAAUGUUCUGUGUAACAUAAAAUAUUCCUUCCUUGCUUUCUUGUAUUAAGGCAUAUAUUCUAUUUGUAUUAAAUUCUUAUUCAAAUACAGCCCUAUUAAAGAAUAUACUUAUUGAGGAUAAAACCUGUUUUUGAAUAAGUGGUUGCAGUUUGUAUAAACACUAAUAUUUUAACUCUGAUUUCUCUCUAAAAUAAAUUACUCUUUCCCAAGAAUUAGCUUCAGUAGAGUAGAAAUGUAGUGUGAACAAUAUAAUCUUUAUUGUUUAAUAAAUUAUCAUUUCAUGUAAGUGGUGGUUUCUUUGAACAACUUUUGGUUAUAGGCAUGAAGUUGAAAUAACUUAUUUGGUGUUAAACUGCACUGACAUAAGUAAUUUCAUUACUUUGUAGUACCUCAUAGUUAAACAUUUUUACAUUAAAGGAUCUAGUUAAUGUGUUUGUUAUACUGAAAAGUAUAACAAGUUGUAAUAUCUUCAUUUUGGUCCCAGAAAUCGGAAGAUUGCUCAGGAUCUGGGUUAAAAGCCUAUUCUGUUAAACUAAAGUUUGAAUUCCUAGAAAUGUCAACAGGUAACCAAAUUCAGUAAAAAUUAGCACCUUUCAUAAUAAAGUUUAAUGAUGGAAUUUGCAGUAUAAUAAAGGGAAACUUCAUAGUAAUGAAAAAU